AUGGAAAUUUUCAAGAAAUUGGAGAUUAACAUACCCUUCUCUGAGGCACUGCAACAAAUGUGUUCAUAUGCUAAAUUUUUGAAGGAAAUUCUCACAAAGAAGAGGAAAUACAUUGAAGAAGAAUCUAUUGAAGUGCAAGGGAACUAUAGUGCUAUCAUACAGAAAAUCUUACCUCCUAAGUUUAAAGAUCCAGGAAGCUUCACCAUUCCAUGCACUAUAAGGAAGUUAGCUGUUGGAAAGGCUUUGAUUGAUAUGAGAGCCAACAUCAACUUAAUGUCGCUCUCUAUGUUUGAAAAGAUUGAAGGUUUGGAACUCAAGCCUACUCGGAUGACUCUCCAAUUAACGGAUAGAUCUCUUAAAUACCCUUAUGGGGUGGUUGAAGAUGUGUUUGUCAAAGAAAAUAGUGAUGUGCCUCUCAUUCUUGGGAGACCCUUUAUGAAAAUGGCUAGAGUCUUAAUUGAUGUGGAGAAUGACAAACUCAAGGUGAGAGUACAAAAUGAAGAAGUGAAUUUUGAUGUGUUUGAAGCCAUGUCUCAUUCAAAAGAUGAUAAGUCAUGUUUUCAUCUUGACGCAUUAGAUGAGGUAUGUAUGAUUCAGGAGAGGAUGUUACGCUGUUCUUCACCUUUGGAGAAAACGCUCAUUGAUGCAUGUGAAGAUUUGAAUGAGGAAGAAGAGGAAUUGAUUGAUGAGUGCUUGACUGACUUAGAUGCAUUAAAAGAAAUCCCUUUUCAUGAGGCGAAAAUUGAAGAGAUUAAUACCAAGGAAAAAGUCAAGGAAAUUAAAAUGGAACUGAAGAUGUUACCUCCACAUUUAAAGUAUGUUUUCUUAGAAGAAGGUGGGAAUAAACCAGUGAUCAUCAGUAAUUCUUUAUCCUCCAAUGAAGAAGAAAAGUUGGUGGAAGUACUAAAAGCCAACAAAGGAGCUAUUGGAUGGUCAAUUUCUAAUCUCAAAGGCAUAAGCCCAACUUAUUGCAUGCACAAAAUAUUCAUGGAAGAUAGUAUAAACUAG